CACAAAACCCUACGCUUACAUCUCGUCAUCUUCGUUUUGUUCGCAACCCUAAAAAGAGCUCAGCUCAGACGAAUGAUCUGUCUCAGCAUUUCAUCUUGAUCUUAGCCCGCCUCUUCCUGUUCUUGGCAGAGCGCAUCGUCCCCAGAUUUUUCCGGAUUCGAGAAAAAAGAGGGGAAAUUUUGCCCUGUUUUCGAUCGUUGAUGGGUUCCCGUGGAUGUUCCAUUCAAGCAUGAUCACUCAAACUAUGCGGAAUCUCAAAAUCUCACUUGCCAGAUUCUCGAAUCGCUCCUCCAUAACCGUGUCUGCUAGGUUCAGGAAUUUGGUGUCGAGGACUGUUGUUGAGUGCCACCAUGGGAGGUCCUACGCUUCCUCCUCCGUUGCUUCUCAGAUGGCAUCCAUGUCCAAGGUUGGGACAAGGCUCUCGAGGGACGAGCGUCGAGCUCUGGUGGUGUCUUUCGUGACCAGAUAUAGAGCAACUAAUGGAGGAAAGUUCCCUAACCUUAAAGCUACUCACAAGGAAGUAGGAGGCAGUUAUUACAUCGUCAGGGAUAUUUUUCAAGAACUGAAAUUCGAGUCCCAAACUCCUUCCGUGAGCUCCGCUCAAGAUCUCUCCAUGGAAAUAGUAGCUUCCGAAAACAGUGAUUCAUCACUGGCUAUGAACGAAUCAGAUACUGAUGGCCACUCCCGAAAUCCUGCCCAUGAUGUAAGAUCUUCUUCUGUGGUUGUCGGUGGUACUGAUGUUGUUGAGGCAGAAGCUAAUUGUGUGACGGGUGAUGUAGAUGUCUCUGAUCCUGGUUCGGAUAAAAGUAGCGAUACUUCUGUCAUUAUUGCGAAAGUUGAUGAAUUGCGUAAUAGAGGCAUGGAAACGAUGCCUCAGAAUGGUGUUGAAAGUAAAGGGGAUAGCAUUGACCAUCUUCCCAGUGAUAAUAGUCAAAGUGAUGUAGUUUCAGAUGCUUGCUUCGAAAAUGCAGAUCCUGAAAAAGAACCGAGCUUGUCUGAAAACUUCAAGACAUGCGAAGGUCAGAAAGUGGACGAAGAAACACACACAACAUCGUAUCCAGUCUCUGAAAAUCCUAAAGAUAACACGAAGACCGAAAACUCAAUGCACUUAGGUGGUCAGGAAUCGAAAGGAGACCAUAUUCCUCUUGAAGCAGAAAACAUGGCCAGGGAAGAAGCUUUGGAUGGAGGGGCAGGUGAGGUGAAAACAAAGAGACAAGGAAGUGUUUGGAGCAACCUAAAGUGGAUGGCCGAGGGAAUCAUGAGCUUUUGGAGAAAAGGGUAGGUAGUAUAGUCAGAUGAAACACCACCAGGGUUAAGCUAUUGUUCCUCUUAGUGUAGGAAAAUUGCCCAUUGAGGAAAGAUCAAAGCUUGAGACAUACUUGGAAAGGAUAUAGGUUAGAUCGGGAUAAUGUAAAACAGUGGUUGUGAUUUUUGGAAUAUACAUAUGAUUGUUAUGCGAACCA